AUGACAGUCCCUCCAGUAUUGAAAGCUCCAUUAUCUAAAUCCUUAAAGAUUGCCCUUAUCCAAUUAAAGGCCGGCGCAGAUAAAACCGCCAACUUAUCCAAGGUAACCAAAUUCAUCGAGGAAGCAAUCACCAAAUCUCCUCAAGUCGAUUUAGUCAUGUUACCAGAAUGUUUCAACUCCCCAUAUGCAGUGACUGAAUUCCGUAAUUAUGCCGAGGUUAUCCCUCAGGGAGAAACAACCCAAUUAUUAUCUUCCUUAGCUAAAAAACAUGGAAUUUUCAUAAUUGGUGGCUCGAUUCCAGAAAUCGCCCCCGAAGAAGAGAAUAAGAUCUUUAACACCUCAAUUACAUUCUCACCCUCCGGUGAUGUCAUUGCUAAGCAUCGCAAAGCCCAUCUCUUUGAUAUUGAUAUUAAGGGAGGUAUCACAUUCCAAGAAUCAUUAACUUUAUCCGGAGGUGAUAAGGCUACUGUUUUCAAAUUGGGAGAAUUUGGAAAUGUCGGAUUGGGUAUUUGUUACGAUAUCAGAUUUCCGGAAUUAGCAUCAAUUGCAUCCCGUAGUCCACAUAAUUCAUUUGCGAUGUUCUAUCCUGGGGCGUUUAAUACUACUACUGGUCCAUUACAUUGGCAUUUAUUGGCUAGAGCUCGUGCUGUUGAUAAUGAGAUGUAUACUGUCUUAUGUUCGCCUGCUAGAGAUGUUGAAGGAGGGGGAUAUCAAGCAUAUGGUCAUUCCUUGGUGGUUGAUCCAUAUGGGAAAGUUAUUGCCGAAGCUGGAGAAGGUGAAGAGAUUGUAUAUGCUGAAUUAGAUAAGGAUUUGAUUCCAAAUAUUAGAGAAGGGAUUCCGGUACAUUAUCAAAGAAGAUUCGAUAUCUAUGGAGAUUUUGUGAAUGAUGGAAGUGUUAAAGUUAGUGAUAAGUAA